AUGAGUUUGAUGCCACCGCCAUGCAGCUCCUCCUCCUCCCUCCUCCUCCUCCUAGCCUUGACCGCCACAUCCACCGUCACCGCCCGCGCCCCCCCGACACAGGAUAGCGUCAGCAUAACCCCCCGAGACGCCUACGCCGCCUCGUACGCCGCCCCCGCCGUCAUCCCCGGCACUCUCCUCCUCCGCCGCACCCCCGGCCCUGCACCCGCCCCCGCACGGUCACGCAGCCCUUCCCGCCCAGGCUCUCGCGGCAGCACGCGCAGCAAGGCCAGCAAUGGCAGCAGAGGCAGAACAGCCAACAGGGCCAGCCCCCGCAGAACGCCCAGCAGGGCCAGCAACGGCAGCAGAGGCAGAACGCGCAGCAACGGCAGCGGCCCUAAUGGGAGCCAACGCAGUGCCUCGCGGCGCGCCGGCUCAAAGAGCGCGCGGAGGCCGAGGGACUUGGCCAGGCAGCCAAGGGUGAAGACCACGAGAGGGGGAGCGGGGAGUAAAGCGCCGCCGGGCGAGCCCAUCGGCAGGGUCCCUAGGGUGAGAAAAGGGGUAGCGGGGAUUACGGGGCCGUCGCGAUCGCCGUCGCCACCGCCGCCGCAGAGCUUGCGCCAGCGACCUCAAAGGUGA